CUCAAGAACAAGUUCUUAGAAGAUUCAAAUGAGUUAGUUAAUCAAUUUUAUCGGGGAUUAACUGUGGGGUUCCAUAUCCAUGAUGCUAUUGCAGGAGAAGCAUUUUUGGAAGGAUUGCUUGUGAACGGUUGGCUUUUGAAAUUGGUUACAGAUCAUGGUCAAGUUGAAAAGUGCAUAGGAGCAUGGACAUUUAGUCUCAUGUUAUAUUCACCAAAAGAAGAGUUGAGGGCAGCAGCAUGUGAAUUUUGCUGUUCUAUUCUGUUACCUAAAAAUCAGGUUGAUACUGUAAUGUUUGAGAUGGGAUGGUUGCCGAACCAUUCAGAACUUAGGCGAGCACUUGAAGUAUAUGGCUUUCUGUUGGAUUCCCCUUCCAAAUCUUCAUCCAGCAUGGAAAUUGUGGAUGGAGAUUCUGAUUCUGCUGGACCGCCUCAAAAUAUCAAAUACUGGAUAAAAUAUGUUUCUGUUUGUUGCCAAGCAAGGGCCAAACGUUCAGUUUUCUCAACAGCGGAGGUAGAAGAUUUGAUUACCUCAGUGAUCUAUCUCUUCUUAGAUCGGCAACUUAUUGGCCUAUCUUCAGCGUUGAAGGAUUGCUUGCACUCACUUAUUAGCUUCUUUAGUGAUGAUGCAUUCCAUUUAAGCUGUCAGAAAAUAGCAAAAUCCCUCACCUGCAGAGUUCCUACUGAUGUCAACUGCUUGAGAUCUGUGGAGAGUGUAGCUGGACUGGAUGGUCGUUCCAAGCAUCUUAGGAGUGUGCUGGCCUUUCAGUUUCUUGUAGCAUGUUUUGAUGACAAGGUACAUGAUGAAGAACAGAUCUUGAGAUCUCUAAUCUCCAUCAAUCUGAAGCAUAAGAAUUGUGAUCUUCUCAAAAUGUAUAUUCAACUGGUUCUGGCAGAGAACUGGCUGUUUUGCAACCCAUUGUUAAAAGAUAAACCAAUAAUCAGUGAGACAUGGAGCGCGUGCCUUAGAAACUGUUCCUGUCAAAUCACUAGCACAGAUUUGAGGUCUUAUGCUUCUAAGGUUCGUAGUAAAGCAUCAUAUCUUCUUCAAGGCAGCGAGCGCCACAAGAUGACUCUAUCCUAGCGCAGAAAAUUCUUCCUACAGUGAAUCAGGCUAGUGACAAAGUAACUAACUCUGAGCAUAAGAGAUCGGUAUAUUUUAUGUGUAAUCUACAGACUUGGAUGCUUCAUCGACUCACGAUGGAACCAGAAGAUUCAUCGUAGCAUCUACAGAAAAGUUGACAGUGAGAUGGCUGACAAUUUUUUGGUAAGCA